AUGUGGGAGUUAGUGUUCCGCAAUGGCGCGCGAAUGCUGCUGGGGUCGACGGCAAUGGGCGCUGGGGGCGUCACAUACGCUGCACACUCGGACGAGGGCUUCAAUCGCUCUCUGUACUUCUGGCGCAAAGCCUUCCCCAUCUACCUGCACUACCGAGCAGCUCAGCUCUACAUGGAGCACGCUCAACUGUCGGACGAGGAGCAGGACGCCGAGUACGAGAAGCUCCACGAGAAAUACGCACCUGAAGUGUUCGAUAUUGUACUAGAACUCAAAGGAUUCUACGUAAAGCUGGCUCAAACAGGCUCCACGAGGCCCGACGUGCUACCUAAACAGUAUCUCGACCGGGCUGCCAAACUCCAGGACGACGCGCCAGCUAAGCCCGUGGAGGAGAUCUGUGCCAUUAUUGAGCAGAGCUACGGUAAACCCAUCGAUCCGGUGUUCCAGUCGAUCGAUUCGAAGCCUCUAGGAGCCGCGUCUAUUGGUCAAGCACACCGAGCAGUGCUACUCGAUGGCCAAGAAGUGGCUGUAAAGGUGCAACAUCCAGACGCUGAGACGUUCUUCCGUUGGGACAUAAAGACGAUUCAGGACUUCUGCAGAUACUUCCAACCGGUGCAUCUCCCAUAUCUCGUUGAGGUCGAGAAGCAGUUUAUGACGGAGUUUAACUACGUGGAAGAAGCCAAGAACUUGGGUACAGUGCGGAGGAAUAUCGCCAAGAGUCCGUAUGCUGCUAAAGUAGCCAUCCCAGAGCCAAGAAUGGAGCUGUGUACUAAAGAAGUACUCGUAAUGGAGUUUUUAAAAGGUCGAAAGCUACUCGAUGGCAUUCAGGAUCACUUUGAAGCCAUCGCAGCGGAUAAAGGAGUGACGGUGGAGUUCUUAAAACGCGAUCAGGAACGGAAAGAUAAGGAACGAGAAGCAAAAGGACUCGAUAUCGAGGUGGGUCCUUCUUCCAUGCAACUGCGACUCUAUGGGUGGACACUAGGAGCCAAGCACCUGGCUCGACGUAUUGGACGAGCGUCGUACGACUUCACACUGGGGUUGGUAGCCCCGAACAAGUGGACAGUGCGAGAGGAUGCACAGCACCAGUUGCUUAAUCUUCCUGAGAUAUUGAAGCUCAUAAUGGAUGUCCAUGGCUACGAGAUCUUCGUGGAUGGCUCGUUCAAUGGAGAUCCUCAUCCAGGGAACAUCCUGCUGCUCGAGGACGGACGUCUAGGCCUCAUCGACUACGGCCAAGUGAAACAUCUCUCGAAAGAGCACAGGAUUCACCUGGCCAAACUGAUCGUAGCGCUUGCAGGGGGCUCCCGUGACGAGAUCAUUGAGGUGCUGACGAAGGAGAUGCGCGUCAGAACGACGAAUAUGGACCCAUAUUUCCUGGAGAAACAAGCGCGCUUGAUGAUUGACAAUGACGACCGAACUGUCACGGAAGGGAUGAACGCACAGCUUUUUCUCGAGCACUUGCACACGUACGUACCGUGA